AUGAAUCCAUCAAAACCCAAACCCCAAACAAUCGCCCACCGCGGCAAAACCAAACAUCCCACCUCCAGCAACCCCCGCUCCUCCCAGUACCCCGAAAACACCCUCGAGAGCUUCCGCGCCGCUGCCGCCGCCGGCUGCGACGCCAUCGAGACGGACCUCCGCGUCUCCCGCGAUGGGGUCAUCGUGCUCUGCCACGACCGCUCGCUAGAGCGGGUCUACGGCGUGAAGCGGUUCGUGGACGAAUGUACCUGGGAGGAAUUGCAAUCCCUUACCACCGCCCAGGCGCCGCACGUGCGGAUGCCGCGGUUGGUAGAUUUCCUGGCGCUGCUUUGUGAGCCUGGGUGGGAGGGGAUGUGGGUGGUGUUGGAUAUCAAGCUCGGUAAUCUCCCCGAACGGAUCAUCCCGCUUCUUGCGGAGGCGUUUGAAUCAGUCCCGUCGAAAACGCCGUGGUCGAAACGUAUCGUCCUCGGGUGCUGGUCUGCUGCGUUCUUCCCGCUGUGUGAGCGCCACUUACCUGGUUUUGAGACCGCUUUGAUCUGCUUCGAUCUGUGGUAUGCGGCGCGGGUGCUGCGGGGGAGCCCGGCUUCGGUGAAUGUUAAUCAGAAAGUGGUGAUGGGGAUGGGAAGUGGGUUCCUGGAGGAAGCGCGGGCCGCGGGUCGACGUGUGUUUGUGUGGACGGUGAACGAGCCGAGUUUGAUGCGGUGGUCGAUUGAGCGGGGGGUUGAUGGGAUUAUUACAGAUGAUCCGGGACGGUGUCGGAGUAUGGUCCUAGACGCGGUGAAAGGUGCCAGUCCGGGGACUCGAGACGAGAGAGUCACGGUUUCACAGAGGGCUCAGGCGUGGGCUGUGUCGCUUCUGGUGGUCAUGUUUGGGUGGCUCUUUCGACGGAAGUUUCUAUAUAAGCUGGAGAAGCGGGAUAAGAGCGAGUAA